AUGGUUCUUCCGCAACUUUUCUCUCGCAACAAGUCAAAGAAGAGAUCUUCCAAGCCUUUGUCUGCUUCUGAACCGCCACCUCGGGAUUCUUCUGUCGACCCGUAUACUUCCUCCUCUUCCACUUCCACUUCUUCCUCGUCUCUUCCUCCCCAUCCUCAUCCUCAUCCUCACUCUCAACGUCCUCCGCCUCCUCCCUACACUAAUUCUAACCUCCCUCCCACCCCUCCGACCAAUCACCCUCUUCCGCGCAAACCCUCGUCUCGUCCCUCUCACAGUCGGACUUCAUCGACGCCGUCUAAAUCUUCUUCUUCCCCCUCAACUUCUCGCCAUUCCACGUCGGCCACUGCGAGAUUCAGUUUCUCCGCCUCUCGUUCCUCUCGCUCCGCCGGUCGCCGGUCCUCGCACGACCCCAACUCUCACCCGCUAAAUCUUCCGCCCGACGAGCUCCGUCGACUCACAGCCAUGGCCGCUGCUGCUGAUCGAAGCUCGAUGGACAUCGAUAGCAAUGAUCCUCGUUUGCAAUCUCCCUCUGCUGCUGCCAAUGGAGUCAACGGCACGCAGAACGAGCGUAGCCCUACCCCGCCGCCUCACACGUCCAACGGCACUACGGCUGAGGCCGACUCUUUCAAACUGGCCGGAAAUAAAUUUUUCAAAGAUGGAAACUUUGCCAGAGCGAUCGAGGAAUUCAACAAGGCCGUGGAAAUUAACCCUAACUCCUCCGUCUACCUGUCCAACCGUGCGGCAGCCCACAUAUCCGCUCAUCAAUACCUGAAUGCCCUGGAAGAUGCUGAGCGAGCGCUCGAGCUCGACCCCUCCAAUUCCAAGAUCAUGUACCGUCUCGCGCGGAUCCUGACCAGUCUGGGUCGCCCGUCUGAGGCUCUCGAGGUCCUUGAUCGGAUUGACCCCCCUGCGUCUGCGACCGAUCGUGCCCUCGCUGAGAAGAUGCAGCGCUUUCUUAUUCAGGCGGAGGAGACUCUGUCGCAAGAUCGGGGAGUGUCCAUGGUCGUUUUCUGUCUGGACCAGGCUAAGCAGCUCUUGGGCCAGGGUGUCAAGGAGCCCCGCAAGUGGACUUUGCUGGCCGCUGAGGCCCAGCUGAAGAUGGGCAACGAUAACUCGCUCGGAAAGGCCCAGGACAUUGCCAUCGGUAUGCUCCGAGAGAACAGCCAGGACCCCGAUGCGCUGAUGAUCCGUGCUCGUGCCUUCUACGGAAUGGGAGAGACCGAGCAGGCGUUGAAGCUGUUGAAGAUGUGUCUUGGUCUGGACCCGGAUAUGAAACAGGCCAUCAAGCUCCUUCGCACGGUGCAGAAGCUGGUCCGUACCAAGGAGGAAGGAAAUGCUGCUUUCAAGGCCAAGGACUACCGCAAGGCCAUUGACCUCUGGACUCAGGCCGUGGCGGUUGACCCCAGCAACAAGGAUAUGAACGCGAAGAUCCUGCAGAACCGUGCUCAGGCCCAUAUUAACCUGAAGGAAUACGACAACGCAGUCAACGACUGCAACGAGGCCCUGCGCUUGGACCCGUCGUACAUCAAAGCGCAGAAGAUGCGUGCCAAGGCCCACGGUGGAGCCGGCAACUGGGAAGAAGCCGUGCGCGACUACAAGGCCGUGGCCGAAACCAACCCCACCGAGAAGGGCAUCCAGGAAGACAUUCGCAAGGCCGAGUUCGAGCUCAAGAAGGCCGCCCGGAAGGACUACUACAAGAUCCUUGAAGUCAGCAAGGACGCCACGGACCACGAGAUCAAGAAGGCGUACCGCAAGUUGGCCAUCAAGUACCACCCGGACAAGAACCGCGAUGGAGAGGCCGGCGACGAGAAGUUCAAGGAAAUCGGAGAGGCCUACGAAACUCUGAUUGACCCUCAGAAGCGUGCUUCUUACGACAACGGUGACGACUUGGUCGACCCCUCCGACAUGUUCUCCGGUGGCGGCUUCGGCGGCAUGGGAGGCAUGAGCGGUAUGGGUGGAAUGGGAGGCAUGGGUGGCAUGGGCGGCAUGGGCGGUACCCAUAUCAACAUCGAUCCCAACAUCCUGUUCAACAUGAUGAACGGCGGUGGUGGUGGCGGCGGUGGAUUCGCCCAAGCCGGUGGCAGCCCAUUCGGUGGUGGACAGUCUCGUGGCGGCGGCUUCCCCGGAGGAUUCCCGUUCUAG